CGCGAUUCGGACAUACUGUUCUCCAACUCUAAACCCGCGCAGGAAUGAGCAACGCUCGCCGAGCAGCGGAUACGAGCCCGGUCUCACCGACUAUUUCAAUCGUUUCCGCGGACGCCAUGCACGCAACCUCGCGUUACUGACAAGUUGAUAACGCACGCCGUAGCGGCCCGUCAGUUCGCGAAGCGUAACAUGUAACAGAACACCCGCCAGUCCCGGUUUGAGAGGCAAGAGUGAAGAGCAAUCAAUCACCGGACACCUCCACCGUUAUUCGGUGUGUGCACAGGACAGUGAGCGCUGCUGAGGCAGGAGAACCGCUGCUCUAAUGCUACCCUGACCGCUCCGACUCAGCGCUGCUAUUUUAACGCGGUAUCGUGUUUUCGACCAAACGUCGGAUCGGGUUUUACGGCGGGACAAGAUGUUGCAAGUGUUGGUUUGCGGCGUCGUGGUCUUCCCCGGUCUCUUCUUCACUUUUAGAAAAGUGCUCCCGUCCAUUUUCAAGCGGUGGACAGAUGCCGACGUCGUGCUGGUCAGCGAGAGGUGACUGGUGUCAUCCAUUCAUGCUGUUAUGGCCACCACAGCUGGCAUUAUCGUGGUGUCCUCGUGCAAAGGCAAUGUGAUUAUGGACCGACACUGGCUGGCCACCUAUUUUGUCAUUUGGUAUGGCGUUCCCUACAUGUCAUAUGACAUCUUCGCCAUGUACCUCAGCCAUUACUAUCGCUUCCGGGUCAAAGGUCACAAGGACUAUAAAAGCCACUCUCUACGAACCUUCAACUCAUUUGUGAGGAAAGAGUUCCUGCUGGUCCUCCAUCACAUUGCACUACUCACCAUCCUUCUGCCUGUGACUCUGUUCUUCAGGAAGGACCAGGGUGAUUACUUCAUUGGCUGUCUCUUCCUCACAGAGCUCAGCACUCCUUUUGUUUCACUGGGCAAAAUCCUCAUUCAGCUGGGGAUGCAGGAGUGCUGGCUGCACAAGGUUAAUGGCGGCAUGGUUCUGCUGAGUUUCUUCAUGUGCCGCAUCGCCCUCUUCCCCUACAUGUACUGGGCCUACGGCUCCCACUACGGCAUCCCGCUCUACAGCGUUCCCUUCCAUCUCCCGCUCUCCACCAACCUGGGCAACCUCUGCAUCCUGGCACCGCAGGUCUACUGGUUCGUCCUCCUCUGCCGCAAAGGCUACCGACUCUACAAACGGCAGCGGGACGCUCAAAACCAGAGCUCUCCGCUGUCCUCGCCCGAGCCCGUCUCAGAUAUCUCCAAGGCUGAUUAGUGAAGGUCUGUCUUUAUCUAGAACAAACAAUAAACAGACAUCACGGCUGAAGGCUACGGCACUGCAUCUGCUACUGUUACAAUACAAUCAAGAUUUCAUGUUAGAAAUACCCUUAUCGCUCCUCUUCACUUUACUCCAUUCCACGUGCACACUCACAAUUACACGCUCGCCCGUUAAAAUGGCGCUUCACUGGAUGAACUUCAGUGGCUUCCAAGGAGCAUCUUCUAGGUCAGUUAUUGAGGGCCGUAACCCUCUUUUUCUUCUCUGAUUGGAGUAUCUGUUACAGUUUGGACUGGUGUCUUUGAUUGUCGUUGGAAUUAUCUGUUACUUUUUUUGUUAUUUUUGCUUUUGUCCCAUACGAAAUGCUGAUGUACAAAAAGGCACUGGUUUAAAACCGGGGAAUUUAUUAUGCGAGUGGCACAGCCGUCAUGAUAAAUUCAUUGAAUUAAACCCACAGCAUUUCAGAUCACAUCCCACUCGGCGCAAAGCUCCUAUCAUCACGUGGUAAGCAUUUCCAUGGCUGCAGUGCUGCUGUUCUUGUUUACAGCUCAUUAGAGUUCUGUGAAUGUGUUUGCACACACACUGCCCUGCUGUGACUGUUUACACUUCUCUACCACACACCGCCCUUUACGCUCUGGAGGCUGCUAAUGAAUUCUGCUUCACUUCUGUGGGCCUUUUGGGCUUCCCAUGUCCUCCCAUCCACACGGGGGCAGCAGAGAGUCGGUCCUUAUGUUUACAUGGCAUAGACGAGACUCCAGUCUAUAGGGGGAUGAGGUCUUCGCAGGGUACAAAGAGCAAGCACAUAACGCUUGGCAUAUCUUUUAGGCCACAUAAUGCUCGAGGGCAUCUCCAGACUGUAGUCAAAGCAAUAACAUGGGGCUUUAAGGCAAGGGAUUGUGGGUAGUUGAAGAGCCCAUAUGAACACUUGGGUAAGGAUAGAAAAGCUGCAUGACAUCCUACUCUCAAAGCAUGUAUAAAGGAUGUAAUACGGGAUUUCUACAGUCUUGAGUAGAAGGAAAACAUCAGGCAAUUUUACAUUUGAGAUUUUCACGUGUAGAAAAGUCAUCAGACGUCUUUAACAUUCGCAAUUUCUGUAGUCGGUAUCAUUUCUGUUGCCCUUCAGCUGAAAAUUAUUUCGGCUAGACACCACUUUUUAUGAAUGCUGUCUACUAAAUAAUUUCUAGAAAAUGAUAUCCAGCUUUGAAAGAUUUAGGAACCCUGGUAAGUGUGAUCUGAGUGCGAAGUGUGAAACGCACUUGAUAUGGGGCUUGAAUUUUUACCUUCCUAUUAACUGAGCCUACAGUUUGAGUUGUAAAUAAAUAAGUUAGAUUUAAUUCUACAUUGAUCAAUAUUGCAUAAUAAAAGAGUGAUUUGCUGUUGCCUAGGGUCAUUUUAGGGAUAAUCUGUGGCUUAUAAGAGCUUGUGUAAGUGUAGGCUUAGCAAGGAACUCAGAAGCCUUUGUUUCAGGGCUUUUAACACAACCUGCAGCAUCUUUCAUAAUACAUUUAGUGAAUGCUGGAUGCCGUAUGAAUGCAUCUUAGGAGUUUUUUUUAACAGCGACUUCUAGAUUCCAUUAAGCGCUUUCAGGAGUGCAGAUCUGUGAGAUUAAAAUGUUGCCCACUACGUACCCAUGCACUCUUAUUUAGUGUUUCCAAGACAAACUGGACUUAAAGGUUGCCUUUAGCAAGUGUGCGUGUGUGUGUGUGUGUGUGUGAGAGACCGAGAGAAGACUUAUAUAAGAGCGUGUAUAAGCUCCCAGCUCACUCCCUAUGAGGUCGAACCGGGUCUUUGCUGGACUGAAAGAGAGAGGAUGUGUUUUGCUCUCCCUUUCUAAAGCUUUAGUACUUUUCGAAACUAACUAUGCAGUCUUUCAAGCUGCUGCUUCUCGUCUGUGGCAACACUAUGCUCUCCUUAGUUUUGUUGAUGCAUUUGGCAGACGAGUUAAACAAUUUAAUCAUGACGCAUGUUUUUUUUUUUUUUGUAGUUUAUUCUGUUUACGCUUUUAAUUGUUUAUUGAUGUCUGUUACAGUACGUUUUCUCAUUUUUCACUCUAUGAUUUAGAGGUUAGGCUGCUUAUCGUGAGGCAUAUCCGUAAAUCUAAUCAAUACACUGUAUGGCUGAAAGCAUUUAAACACCCAAAAAGCAUUUCGAAAAUAUGGGCAUUAAUAAGGGGUUUGUCAUUCCUUUGCUGCUAUAACAUCUUACGUUUCUUUCCAGACUGUUGCACAAAGUUGGAUUUCGUUAAAUGUGACUUGCAUUAAGGGGCCUAGCGUUAAAUAUCGUCCAUUUCAAUUCGCAAACUUUUGGCCAUGUAGCGUAAAUCUAGCAUGAACACGUUUAUAUCCAGAAAUUACAUUUCCAUAAAUCAUUAAAUUUAGGCUUAUUUAUGCCAUGCUUGAACUUGUAGUGUAGUCUAUGAUGCCGAUAAUCAUAUUUUUUGGGGAAAAAAUAAUAGACGUCUAGUGUCUUCAAGGCCUCCUCUCUCAGCUCAGGGUUUGAUAAAGAUGUUAUCGUUUAUCAAUUAUUAUUUAGAGGUGAAAGAUGAGACUGUGAUUAACAAAAAGACACAUUUCUAGUCGAAAACAUCUACAACACCUAUGAGUUUGGUAGACCAAAGAUUCUUUUAGGCACUUUUUUACAGACGAGUAACACGUAGUUGAACUGUCAUUGCCUUUUUCCUUGCUUGCCAUCCACGGAGACUGCGAUUUCUACCGGACUGACUCCGCUCAUGGCUCAGGCAAGCAAAAAGACUGGAAUUUUUCUCACUGGAAUAUAAGGCUCAGUUUUAGUUCAUUUACUGAAAAUGACAAACUCGGUCACUCUGAUUAAAACAUGUCUGGAUCACAUUUCACUCCUAAAAGCAGUAACAAAAUACAGCCAUUAAGCCGGUUUUCUUUCAAAAGUCCGCUUUGAGAAAGCAUGUUUUGUUUUGUUUUUUUCAGUAGAAAUGAGAAAUGAAUGUUUGUCAUAAAAUAGUGCUUAAUGGUCGAGAAAUGGAGUUCUUUCUCUUUAAAUAAUAAAUAUAUGACCGGCAUGUUUUUAAACGGAUUUUGUGAAAAGGCCAGAAGUGGCGGAAUAAGAGGUGUAGGAGUUCAGAAUUAAUAUCAGCUUGCUGAAUAUAAUACAUAUCAAAAGGCUGGUUUGAUGGGUGCUUUGUUCGGAGCUAUAUAGUUUACUGCAACUGGUUGCAACAGCAAUGGAUGAAGGCAAAUAUAAGCAGAGGAGAUCAUAAGAAAAUCAAGCUAUUAAAUCUAAAAAGUUUUACCCCAAAUGACGUGUUGUCUGGAAUCUCGUAAAUACAGUGCCUUGUAUUAAAGUUGUGUGUGAUACUGAUACAAGCUCAAUGCACAGGAGCCCUGGGCAGGCGGUGUUUUAGGUUGUGACCAUCUCUGCUCACUUUUUCUUUUUUAACGAUCAAAGUACAUUACGCAACUAAAAAAAUAAAUACCUGUAUCACAGUGUAUUGUACACUUUAAUUAUUUAUACUAGUAGGUUUGAUUUCUGUGUAUAAUUUGAAUAAAUUGUUACAGCUAACUUUGUCCAUUAAACAUGCUUCCGUUUAAGUCUUAAAAUAAUUUCAAUUAAGUUCUGUAUGCUUGCUAUAUUGUCUUCAUACUUGCAUUAGUAUAACUGCAAACUAAGGAAAUCUGAACUUUGAAGGUCUAUAAUGUUACCCAGUUUUCUGAACGGCGUCCCUUCCUCAUAAAAUUAGUGAGCUUCUAUAUAAGGUGAGUUCAAAUCCAAGUAACCCAUCUACUGCACUUUAGAUGUUUUUUUUUCAUGGAUUUAAAAGCGUUUCAUCGGUGGUCCAGAAAUGAAAACCUAUUUCAAACCCAUUCCUUGGUCGCAUCUCCAAACUUAAUUCAGCAUUACUAACUCAAAGGCCAGUGGGAAAGGAAACUUUUCAGAGAACUGGGAAGUAGCCCGAAGCAUGUUUGCAUUAUCUGUUUCCUGGCGAGGAAACCCACUUCCUUGCUACGUCAGCUUGACCUCAAAGCAUGAUUUCAUUCUGAUUUCCUAACGCACAACCUUUAGCACUCCCUGCCUCUUAUUUUUGAUAACAUUUUCACAUAUAUAUAUAUAUAUUGUAUCAGAUUUCAUAUAAAUAUUUAGGUUUGUUUGUUUGUAGGAUGACAUUUUAAGAUCUCUCCUUUUAGAAAGGGGCUGCAGAGUGAAACUAAUAUAAACACUUGAUUGAGCUUAUUUUCUGGAGACUUGUAAAUCCAAACACCACUUUGAAAGAAAAUAAAUCUGAUUUGGUGAAUUCUUUUAAACUGA